GAAGAGUUAAAAGUCGAAUCAGAGCGGUGUCGACAUUGUCCUCCAUUUUCGAAUACUCUAUACGGCUGCUCGACCUCUCGAGGUCGAGCCGCUCGCGAGAGCCUCGUCAUAUAUACACAACACACACGUGCGACUCUCUGGUCUCUGCGAGCGAGAGCAGCGAGACGGACGGGACACAAUACACAGAGAGCAGGGGCCUAGGUGCCGGUCGUCCUCACCUGUGCAUUGUGUUUCGGACCAACAAGUUGUGCAUGCAAACAGUAGCGUGACGCGCAUCACUGUGCAGGCCGAGCGCCGGGCCAGCACAGCACGCGCCGGCCGCCGCCGCAGAGCGGAGCCAGACCUAGACAGCUAGACCAUACGGAGACGUCCCUGUCCACCCCCAAGCGGCACGGUCCAGCAGGAGAGCGCAAGAGACGAGUCCGGCGCUCGGCGAGAGGGGCGGCUGCCCCCCCGGUAUGCGCCCGUCUCCUCAGCAUGUGGCGACGCUGCGGAUGAGCAGCUUGGGCGCAGACACGUCGAGGUACCCUGCGGAACGGGGAGGCGACUGCUUCGGACGCAAGUCGUGCGCCAAACACCGCGCGGCGGGCGAUACGCACCGCGGAAGGACUGCUCGUGCAGCGACGCCGCCGCCGCCGCCUCCGCCUGCAGUGACGCGCAGGUGUUGAGGUCAGAUUGAGGCCACCAGGGUGAGGUCGGCGAGAGAGUGGGGCCGCGCUAGCG